CGCACGUUUAGCUGCGAAGUCGACACUUUCACUUUGUCAAAAGAACAAAAGGCUCUAGCUGAGGAAUGCAUUAAGUUAAGGCAGCUGGUCGAGUCUGCAAGAUGUCAUUCGUGUUUAUCUUAUGGAUUACUGCAAAAUUCCUACUACUUCUUUCAAGAAGGCCUGUUAUGCUUUUACUAGCAUCGAGAUGCUUGAGCAUGUGGCCUCUAAGCACUACCAUGGCCACUUCAAACUUGUCGAUUUUGCUCUAAAGUCCAGCAAUGCAACAGCUGUGGCUAGUGCAUCAAUAUUCCCAGAAUUGCGAUACUCUGGCUAUCAGCACGCUCGCUCAUUACCACCGCAAACGCUGGUUUCAGAAGGGCGUUUCAUGCUCGAGGGUGUUGUAAAUCGCGCAGCUCUACGUGUAGACUACCCACGGACGCUGCACGAAUGGGGACGUCGUCUUAAUGCCAAUGUCAGACGAGACUUGAUUGUCGAAGACUACCCUAGUCUAGAAGACAAGGCCGAAUACGAUACUUUCCAGCGCAAAUGGCAAUACCUGUUUGCAUUAUGCGGGCGCUGGUUUUACCAACAUGCUAACAUUCACCCGUCCGGGAUUCGAAUAAUUAUGGAAUAG